CAAUCCCCGCGAGUUUGACUAAAAAAAUCCAGGAACUUGUUCAUUGAUUACGUUAAAAAUACCCCUAUUUGGGCUAAGCUGUAUAUCUGUAGUAGGUCAUUAAACUUACAUUGGCUAAAUUCUAAUCGCCGACUAAGGUUUUCUAUUUAUUUAUCUACAAAAUGGGUUGUGAGGACGAAGUGGUCAAGAUUGGGAAAAAAUUAGAGAAGAUGAUUGUUAACAACACUGCGGAUCAUGGCAGUGCUCCUGACUUGUUAAAAACUCUCAGAGAUCUUCCAAUGACCCUGGAAGUGUUACAGAAAACCAGAAUUGGAAUGACUGUGAAUAAUUUCAGGAAAGCCAGUAGUAACGAUGAUGUUAUAACUUUGGCAAAAUCUCUCAUCAAAUCCUGGAAAAAACUUUUAUCAACAGAUGGUGGCUCACAGUCUAGCUCUCAGUCAUCUAUGAAGAGUAAUGGAGAUAGCCUGAAGGAAAGUGUUAGUGACAGUCAAGAUGGGGUUAAGGAUGAAAAGCCUUCCCCCUCUAAACCCCCAGCACCUGUGCGACAGACCAGCUUCCCAGUUACUGCCUCUGACACAGCUGACCAAGUGAGGUUGAAAUGCAGAGAACUGCUGACAAAUGCUCUCAAAAUAGAAGAUCCACCGUCGGGUUCUGGUGAACCAGGAGAAAUUGCUGCAUCUAUAGAAGAUGCUGUUUUUAAAGAGUUUGGCGGUACAGAUAUCAAGUAUAAAAACCGAAUACGAAGUCGUGUGGCAAACCUGAAGGAUUCAAGGAACCCUGCCUUGAGAGAAAAUGUCUUGGUUGGAAAUAUUGCUCCUGAGCAAAUUGCCAAAAUGACCUCUGAGGAAAUGGCUAGCAAGGAACUCAAAGAUCUUAGAGCAAAGAUGACCAAAGACGCCAUUAAUGACCAUCAGAUGGCACAAACUGGUGGAACAAAUACUGAUUUGUUGAAGUGUGGAAAAUGUCUGAAAAACAACUGUACAUAUAAUCAGGUUCAAACACGGAGCGCUGAUGAACCAAUGACAACAUUUGUUUUGUGUAAUAAUUGUGGACAUAGAUGGAAGUUUUGUUGAUGUUGGGUGCCCUUUUGUCUGCAAGAUGAAUCCAGCUGCAUUGGACCUAACAUUCUAAUACAUGUGUAUUCGUAUGGGUUGAACACUUGCUGCAGAGAUAUUCAUUCUAUUGACUCAGUGGCUGCUACCCUGCUGGAGAAAGAUCACUGUGAGACCCUAAUGCCAUAUGGCCUUCCUGUGUGGAUUGCGCACAUAUACUGAAGUCCCAUUUUCUCUACAAAAGAAAAUGAUCCUACUGUUUGGUCAUUCCUGGUCAAAGUUCCAACCGUAAGGAAGUAAUACAGAAAUUAUUUUACAUUCUUAAGAUAUUGCUUUUUCCACAUGUGGUGGCUUAGGGUACAGAGUAUCACUUUUGUGAAACAAGAAGAAUUUGUUUUAUUGGCCUCCUGGCCAUCUUACUCAUGAAUUAUAGUUGGAACAACAAAGAGAAACUCGAGGAAUGGGCAUAUCUAUCCAGUAGUAGGUAGUCAAUAUCGCUGUCCAAAGCCUAGUAUUCCGCACUACAGGAUCAGGCACAUCGUUACCAAUACACACACGCCAAGGGUGCGACAGGCAUCACAGUACGAGAUGUAACUCUCUUGGGGCAUGCACAUCAAGUAUAAAGAUGGUGUUUGAUAUCAAUAGUUUCAUUUGUCUUGGUGAGGAUUACAGAGUAUAUAAUGUAUGUAUGCUUAAAACAAAUAGACAAGAUAAACGGCAAGGAAUGGCUUGCAACCUGUCAAAAUUGAGGGAUGUGGAAAAGCUUGUGUUUAAAAUAUCUUCAGCGGAUGGAACAAUACAUAGAGACAGGUUUGGAAUUUCUAGGCCACUGACAACACUAGAUUGAUUCCGACAUUAUGGGCUAGAAGACGUGAAUUCCUGUGUGUAUAUCCCUUGUAAUGUGGACAUUGUAUUGCCGUCAAGUUUGUACUUAUGCAUCCAUGAUUGCUGGUAUGAUAGUGGUAAAUGGCCACAAUUUUGUGUAAAUGAAGUCUUGUAUCAGAACAUGUUACAGUAUGAUUUUGCAAAUUGUGGAACUGUAAUUUAGUUACCUGACACAUCAGUGAAUAAAAACUUGGUUCAUUUUUAUUAGAAUGCGUACAAAGAUAAAAUAUGGACUGUCAUGUAAAUGGUUUAUAAUGUAAUUCCUCUCUUCACUUGGUAGAAUUUUUUGCAUAAAAGUGUUCCAAUGUUUUAAAGGUGUUGAAGAAACAUAUAUAAAGAACAGUAAUGUGUUUCUGUUUUGUUUUUUUGUACCAAGCAAAGAGAGACGCAGUGAACAAAGUUAUCCACUUCGAGUAUCUUGGCCACAAUUUAGGGAUAUAAUUCCAUUUGUGAAAAUUUUAUUAUUUUAUCGUUCAUUAGAUCAUCAAAUAUAUAAUCAGAAAGGUUUUGAAGAUUGCAGUGUGUCCAACAGGCCUAUCAUAAUAACUGAUAUACAUAAAUCUCUGUUUGCAUUUUCCCAUGAGAUAGGAAAAAAGUUGGAAUUUUUUGUACAGAGUAGAUACGUCUUAAUUAUAGGAUAGUCUUGCUGUUAUUUUUGACAUAACUAUAUUAUUUUGAAAAAAAAAUAUCGUUUGCCUUUUUGUUUGUCUGAUGACAUCAGGAGGACUACACAUUCGUGAGUUCCAGCCGUAACCUUAGCUUAUUAGACAUGUCAUACUGCAGAUUUAGGAAGUGUGUUGGGCAUGCCAUUCUACAGUCAUUGUUUCAUCAUUCAUGGUCGCUGUGAGU